GGCUGUUUGGCCUCUGCCAUUGGGAGCUCAGCACGACAUCAACUUUCCGAACCAGAUGUGAUCUCUGAGCCGGAACAAGGACUGAGCUGAGAAAAAGAGACCUCCCGGGUUGCAUCUUUCUGGGCUGGGAAACCAGACUUGAAACCAAAGAGUUAACUCCAAAGUCCAACGUUAUUGAAAAAUUGCCCUAUGGGACCAUGAUGGAAAAGGAAGAUUUCUGGCAUUCAGCUUUAGGGUCUGUCUGGGACCCCUCUUGUCGGCUAGAGGGGCAGCAGGAAAGACAUCUGGGCCAAGUGGCAGUGGCCCAGAAGGAAACCUGUAAUGAGCAGAGGGUAUGUGACAGUAAUAAAGCUGAAAAUUGUUCCAUUGAGGGUUCAAUGCUUAACACAGCACAAGGCAUUCCUUUGCCAAAAAGGCCUCGCAAUUGGAAUUCAUGUGGAAAAGAUUCCAAGCAGACUUCCAAGUUAAUGAAAUCUCCAAGAAUGUUUAUAGGGAAGAAAAUAUACGAAUGUGACACCUGCAGGAAACCCUUCAGCCAGAGCUCCUCCCUGCUCAAGCACCAGAGGAUUCACAGUGGGGAGAAACCCUAUCAGUGCAGCGUGUGUGGCAAGCACUUCAUUGAACGCUCCUCCCUCACCGUCCACCAAAGGACUCAUACCGGAGAAAAACCCUACACAUGUGCUGACUGUGGGAAAGCCUUCAGUCAGAGCAUGAACCUCACUGUGCAUCGAAGAACUCACAGUGGAGAGAAACCUUAUCAGUGCAAAGAGUGUGGAAAAGCUUUUCGUAAGAAUUCAUCCCUGGUCCAACAUGAAAGAAUUCAUACCGGGGAGAAGCCCUACAAAUGUAGCGACUGCGGGAAAGCUUUCACACAAAGCAUGAAUCUGACAGUGCAUCAGAGAACUCACACCGGAGAAAAGCCCUAUGAAUGUAGCGAGUGCGGAAAAGCCUUCAGUCAGAGCAUGCAUCUUACUGUGCAUCAGAGAAGUCACACCGGGGAAAAGCCCUAUGAGUGCAGCGAAUGCGGAAAGGCCUUCAGUAAAAGCUCGACGCUCACUCUACACCUGCGAAAUCACACUGGAGAGAAACCCUACAAAUGCAACAAAUGUGGCAAAUCCUUUAGUCAAAGCACAUACCUUAUAGAACAUCAGAGACUUCACUCUGGAGUGAAACCUUUCGAAUGUAACCAGUGUGGGAAAGCUUUUAGUAAGAAUUCUUCUCUUACUCAGCACCGGAGAAUUCACACUGGUGAGAAGCCUUACGAGUGCAUGGUGUGUGGAAAGCAUUUCACGGGGAGAUCAUCCCUAACUGUCCAUCAGGUGAUACACACUGGAGAGAAACCGUACGAGUGCACUGAAUGCGGGAAGGCCUUCAGCCAAAGCGCCUACCUUAUUGAACAUCAAAGAAUCCACACUGGUGAAAAACCCUAUGAAUGUGACCAGUGUGGGAAAGCGUUCAUUAAGAAUUCAUCCCUCAUAGUGCACCAGAGGAUCCACACAGGAGAGAAGCCCUAUCAGUGUACUGAAUGUGGGAAGGCCUUCAGUAGGAGUACAAACCUUACAAGACAUCAGAGGACUCAUACAUGAGAGUUGUCACUGGCACCUUCAUCUUGAAUAAUUCUUUAAUAAUAAUCAUGUCAUAUCAAUGUAGAUGCUUAAUAACUAUAACUAAGGUGGGAAUCUUUUAGUUGAAGUACAGCAUAGCAUACCAGAGUAACCAUAUGAAAGCUAUGAACACUUUCAUUCAGAUGAUAAAGUCUUGUAUCUAAUACACAAAUGAGGAAGACUUCAGCUGAAGAUAAGCUCUAGUGUGUCAUACUGGGAAUUCUGAUUUGGGCCUCACAGAGUUUUCACACUGGAUAGAAACUGUGGUAGUACUUAACUGGACAGCCCAAAAGUUUGGCAUAUAGUUCAAACCCCCAUUAACUUAAACAAGUCACCCACUUUCAUGCAGUCACAGUGUCCUUAUGUGGUAAAUGAGAGAGUUGGAAUUUAGAAGGCCUGUGGGAUCUGUAUUAGAUAAAAUGUCCAAAAGCAAGAUGCAGGGAAGUCUUUGUGAUUGUUUUUUUGUUUGUUUGUUUGUUUUCUGUUUUUCCCCCCUGUUUUUAUUUCAUAUGGUGGUUUUUAUGGAAUGUUCCUCUACCUCUAACUCCUAUUGUCCUUCAAAUUCUUCCCUUUCCCUGAAUUGAUUUAUCUCCUAAAAUGUAGGCUAGUUGCUAUUGGGUGGCAGAUAAACUGUGCAUAUUUUAAUGCCACAGCAUGUUGUUUUGAAUUCUCAACUAAUAGUCAUUAAACUGUUGUUGAAUAAGCUGAUUGUAUUUAUAUGAAAAUGUGACUUAAAUAUAAUCUUUAAAUACUUAAGUAUCAAUGCAUAUCUUUGUGUCUUACUAGACUGUCAUGGAAAUUCAAAGACAUGUGGGUUGAAUACUAAUUGUGCUGGACAGUUUUAUGUCAGCUUAACAUAAGCUAAAGUCAUCUAAGAGGAGGGAACCUCAAUUAAUUCCUCCAUAAAAUCGGGCUGUAGGCAAGCUUGUAGGGCAUUUUCCUAAUUAGUGAUUGAUGGGGUAGGACCUAGCCAUUAUGGGUAGUACCAUCCCUGGGCUGAUAGUCCUGGGUUCUGUAAGAAACCAGGCUCAGCAGGCCAGCAGGCAGUAAUUCUCCAUGGCCUCUGCAUCCCCUCCUGCCUCCAGGUUCCUGCCCUGUUUGAGUUUCUGU